AUGGACGUUGCCUACAAACAACACUCGAGUCAAUCGCGGCGCAAGAACCGCUCAACCACCAAUCUUAAUCACCUGUCCCUAGCCCCCCUCACGUCCAAAUUGCCUCUGACCGACCCCGAAGACCUGCCUGACGGCGAAGUUGUAACUUCGCCCCUUCACCACAAUGUUUCUUAUCUCCAGGGCAAGUCAGCCCCUACAACCCCAAGGCUCCUGUCGUCCCUGUCGCCGGCCGAGGCUAGGUCACGCAGUAGGAGAUCAUCCAUGACGGGCACGUUGCCAAACCUCCUACCCAAGAGCAAGUCCGCCGUUCACUUGAGUGUUUGCACCGACGGGCGACAUGCUGUGGCGGGUGUUCUCUCGCCCACCUCGCGACGCCGCAAGGAUGAUCACGGCUCCCUGAGCGCCAAAGACAGUAAUGACAAUGAUUGGAUGCUGCGGACGGGCGCCCUCAUCAGUAUCGAGACGCGUGAAUCCAAGGGGCAGGCCUGGCUUGUCUCGCGAAGCAGCGCCACCAGUCUUACCGGGCUGCGUGACGCAGAAGAGGAGGCAAUCGAGCGUGAACUAGCCAGAGAGAAAGAGUUGGCGAGCCGACGUGGCAGCCGCCGUGGUAGUAUGAAUGGCGGCGAUGAUGCCGUCACUUCUCCGAGCAGCCGCCGGGGGAGUCGCUCACAUAGCCGAGUUUGCAGCAAGAGUGUAUUGAGGACAUCAUUGGAGCGACAAUCAGAUGAGGGCUACUUUAACCAAGACCAUAUGGAUGUCGAGUAUAUGCAGGGUCCAGAUUUCGUUAGUCUUGACGAAAAGCUCGAGGCUCUUGAGGUGGACACCACUCAGUCCGAUGAGGCGGCAGUCCGAAGGCUAGUGAAGCGAGAAAGUGCCGGCACGGGAUCUUGGAUGGGUAAUCUCAUUGGCUUCUCGUUGUUCUCUGUUGAAGAGCAUGAGGAAGAGUCGGACACGGCAGACGGCGAGCUGUCCGAUGGAGAAGAUUGCCAAUUGAUGCGCAGUGUGAGUGCAAGGCAUCUUCACGGCAUGUCGACCCCACAAGAGCCACAAAUCCCACCUCCAAAAGCAGAUGAAGGUGGCUGGCAAGAUGCUGCUUGGCUGCUCAGCGUGGCUUCUAAGGUGUUGUUGUAA